AUGGCCAAAACGAACAAGCAAAGGUAAGCUUUUUUACGUAAACGAUAUUCUGUUUAACCAACUUUCGGUAAUUUAACUCAAGUUUUAUGUUGUUUAGCAGUAAAUCUCAAGUCAUGAUCAAAGUGAUGAAGUGGACUGAUAAACAUGACCUCGAGUUGAUUAAAGAAAUUUUAACAGAACGUCCUUUUGAUAAUCCUCAAGGUUCGAGGCGAAUAGGACUAGUUUGGGAAAGAAUCGUCGACAAUUUAAAUUCAAGAGCAGAUAUAGUCUUCAACUUGAAGGACAUCAGGGCUGUACGCGAUCGCUAUAACUUGUUAGCAAAAAAAUACAAAAAGAAGGAGAGAGAGGAAAUUAAUGCUGUUGCUCUUUUUGAGAGUCAAGAAGAGGAACGAGAAAAGGAAAAAACUGCUAAAGAUGAGGACAGAAGUAAGCAGAAGAUGCCAGACUGGUCGCACUUGAAACUGCUCGAGAAACAGCAAAAAGAAAAGCAUCAGGAAACGAUUCGUUCAGAGCCAAGAAAACAGCUAUUGUAG